AUGAGGAUCCCCGACCUUCAUCCUGAAGUCCAUCUCCAUGCAAUUAAGAGCGGCCUUCGUCCAGGCAAAUUUCAGGAGACAAUAGCUGUGAGCAAGCCGAAAACUUUGGCAGAAUUCCGUGAAAAGGCUAAAGGACAGAUAGAUGUUGAAGAGCUUUGGCAAGCUCGCAAAACAGAAAAGUCAGCCGCUGUCAAGGAUGAUGAUAAACCUCGGGAUAAUAAGAAAACCUUCAAGCCCGUCCCCCGGUAUGAGUCAUACACAGUCUUCAACGCAAAGAGGGAUGACAUUAUCAAAGAAAUACUUAACUCCAAAUUAAUCAAACCCCCUCGUAAAGCCGGCGCCUACCCAGAGUCCAAAACUGUUGAUAAAUCCAAAUUCUGUACUUUUCAUCAAAAGCACGGUCACACAACUGAUGAAUGUGUGAUCGCCAAAGACCUCCUGGAACGCCUCGCAAGACAAGGUCACCUCGAUAAGUUUAUCGCAGGACGCAUGCAGAAGACUGUAACCUCGGCCUCCGACCCCUCAACAGCAAGCCCCUCAUCAAAAGAAAAGGACAAGGCACCCACCCAACCCAGAGGAAUCAUCAAUUAUAUCUCAGGAGGAUAUGCAGGAGGCGGACAUACAAGCUCGGCUCGAAAAAGAACCUAUUGA